AUGAUGUAAAGGGGUAGAUUUCUGUUUAAUUUUCUUGCACAAAUAUGCGGCAACUCUUUGGUAUAAAAACUAAGUCUACUCCUUCUUUAAGCAUAGUCUCACUUAGCCCAUUGAAGGAUUUACAACAAUUAAUUUCUUUGACUUUCUUGUAAAAUGACUUUUUUAAGCUCCAUUAAUUAUUUGAUUUUUGCAAUCCAUUGCCUAAUAUUUAUUACUGUAAGCAUAAGGGCCGAUGAAAAUUGUGAAACAUUCCCAACUGAAAUACACGUAACCAAAGAGGAAUAUGAUGAAAUAGGGUCAUUGGUCAGAUCAUGUAGUGGUGAAGUCACUGUAAACAAAUGUGAAGGUAUUUGCAGAAGUCAGAUUCAACCAUCUGUCGUAACUGCCACGGGUUUUCUAAAGGAAUGUUUUUGCUGUAGAGAGAAUUACCUUCGAGAGCGAAUUGUUACUCUAACCCACUGUUAUGACCCUGAUGGUCUGAGACUGGAAGAUGAAGAUCGCGCCACAAUGGAGGUCCGUUUGCGGGAGCCAGAUGAAUGCAAAUGCCACAAGUGUGGAGAUUACAGUCGUUAAGAAAUCAAAAUGUCGAGACAAAUAUAAAUGAUGACAAAAAAUUAUCUUG